CGUUAAUAAGGAAGUUGACUUUUCAACAAAGAGGCCUGCCAAGGGUUUCACAAGGCUUAUCGAAAUAGUUAACAAGCUAGUCUAGCAAAGGAGACUGGACUUCGUUGUGGGACUUUAGUAUCGUUUAAUAGCAAGUCUUAAGACCUACAUUUAUUGCUAUUUAGGUUACUCGGUGUACGCUAGCGUACGUGGUUAACGGGAUACUGUAGUGCUAGCUGGUUCUAGCUAAGGACUAGCGGUGGAGGCUAGCUCAGCUAGUAGUGCUAGCACUACUGAGGAGUCAUAAGGGAGGCGUAUCAAGUGUUAAGACAUGAAACCCAGUAACGUCACUGCAUAAAGGUUCCAGAGUUAUCCAGCAAACACGGCUGGGCAGUAGGUAACGUUAGCCGUUAGCUUGAGCAACACAACGCGAUAGACUUGGGAUACUUUUCAGGAUCAGCUUGCCGUCACUUCAAACGGCAUAGGUACUGUACAGUCUUACUAGUUCUUUUUUGUCGACUUUAACAACUGGUAGUUUAAACAUGUCUCUAGGUGAUCAAAGCCAGCAGUGGUAUCCCACAAGUGUUCAGGUAACGGUGCUACAGGCUCGGAAUUUGCGCAUCAAGGGAAAGAAUGGAACAAAUGACGCCUAUGCCAUUAUGCAGUUGGCAAAAGACAAGUUUUCUACCUCCGUUGCCGAUAAAUGUGUGGCCCCUGUUUGGAAGGAAGAGGCUACGUUCGAUUUGCCACUGUUCCAUCAAAGCAAUGCUGAACGCUGCACACUUCAUAUCAUAGUUAUGCAUAGAGCACAGGUGGGACUUGACAAGCACCUGGGACAAGCUGUGAUCAACCUAAUAGAGCUUCACGACAACAAAUCUCGCAAAAAAACCGAUUGGUUCAAGCUGGUUGACAAGAAUGGCAAAGAAGACAAGGUACGAGGGGAGGUGUUGCUGGACGUCCAGUUCAUGAGGAACAACCUGUCCGCCAGCAUGUUUGACCUCUCGAUGCAGGACAAACCCCGCUCCCGCAUUUCCAAGCUGAAAGACAAAGUCCGGGGAAAGAAGAAGGAGGGCUUCUCUGACUCCGCCUCAGCCAUCGUGCCGUCGGUCAGCCAGGUUAUGACGGACAGCGAGGGGGAGGAAGGCGGACACCUCGACUCGCCAGAGGCCAAGAAGAAGUCCAAGCUCAAAUCCCUCUUCACCCCCAAGUCCAACUUGCAGCGCAACAUCUCCCAGUCCAUGUCCACACUGGGGACUCUGCCUGAGAAGAACUCCUCCCUGAGUGGCAGUCGCUCAUCAGGUCUCAAUGUUGAAUCUCCAGAUGUGAAAAAGAAGUUCAAGUUCCUGGGCCAUAAGCGCACAGGCAGCAACGACAGCAAGGUGUCCCUGGGUCCCUUCUCCCUGCUGGGCCGCUCCAAGCAGAGCGCCAACGACCAGAACAACCUGUGCAUCAACGGCAGCCACGUGUACGCAGAGGAGGCGGAGCCAAAGUCCGGCUCCACCCUCAGCCUCAACAGCUCCGGCCAGGGCUCCGUGGAAGAUGUUCGCCGGCACGACUCGGACGUCUCCGCCGACUCCCUCAAAGGCCUGUCUGUGCCGUCCUACCGGCAGGAGUCUGCAGACAGAGACCGAGCCCUGCUGGAGCAACGGCGCCACCAGGAGGAGGAGGAGAGGAGACAGGCAGAGGAGAGACGCAGGGCAGAAGCCAAGAGACUGCAGGAGGAGGAGGAGGGGGAGGAGGAGGAACGUAAGCGCCUGGCGGAGCAGGAGAGGAGGAAGAGGUUCCUGGAAGACGAAGCGCGGAGGAAGAAGCUGAAGGAGGAAGAGGAAGAGAGGCGGAAGAAAGGGAAAGACGAGGAGGAGGAGAGGAGGAAGAAGUCCAAGGAGGUGGAGGAGGAAGAGAGGAGGAGACAGGGGGAGGAGCGCCGGCGCCUGCAGGCUGAGGAGGAGCGUCUGAGGCUGGAGGAGGAGCAGAAACAGCAGGAGGAAACCAAGAGGGAGGAGGAGAAGAAACGCCAGGAGGAGGCCUCCAUGUCCGACAGGCUGUCCACGCUGUUCGGCAUCAUCAAAAAGAAGGAGGAGCCACAGCCGCAAACCAGCAGCACUAAGGAGGAGGUGCCCAAGCCAGCCCCCCGGAAAACCUCCGGAGAUUCGGAAGUCCCCGGCCCUCGCCACUCCUCCAACCCGUUUGAAGAGAUCUCCCUCAGUCCGGACACCCCGAACACUUCUGAGGAGACCCCGGGUCAUCCUCAGAAACCCCCGCGAACCGCCCAGGUUCCCUCAGCCAUGGUGUUCCUCAAUCGCACAGCCAAGGUGUCUGCAGUCAAGCCCAGAUUGGUUGAGUCUAAGGAACCUGAAAGCCCAGGCUCACACACACAGGGGCUGCAAUAUCCUCCCUCUCCACCUUCCAGUGAAUACUCCCUCGGCAGCAUCCCCUCUGAGUCCCCUGUCACGUUCUCCAGCCUACACUCCUCGCUGGCACCCCCAAAUACGAGAAGAAGCUCAGAGUCCCACAGCAGCACAGAGAACCUGAGCAUUGUAGUAUCCCACCCCAACAUGUCUGACAAGAAGCGACAAGCCCCCCUGCCACCGGGCAUUGGAAACCCCAACGCUAGCUCCAGAAGUUCUCCCAUUAAAUCUUCUGCUUCAGGUAGCAGCCUGCUGCCUAUAACUGAGGAUGAGAUCUCUGGAGAGAGUGAGAUGGCUGGAGCCAAGCAUGGGAAAAGACCAGCGUUACCUCUUCCUGGACAUGGAGUGCAAGGUCAGACUCGAUGGGAUCAUAUAAUUGCGGAGGUGAACCAGAAACAGAGGGAAUACAUGCCUCAUGUAGCUGCUAAGGAGAUGAGUGUCGAUGGUCCAGAAGAUGAGUCUCAACACAAAAAUAGAUCCAUCUCCUCGCAACCGAGGACUGCUUUGCUCCCAAAACCACAAGCGACUCAACCGAAGGAAGUUCCAGCUAUUUCCUAUAAAAAGCUUCCGGCUCCUGGCCCUCCCAAACCCGUAGUUGUAGCGUCUCCUAGACUAGUGCCAGAGGUCAGCCCAGCUCAGAAGCAGAGUUCUGCACGGACAAAUGUCUCUGUUGAGAAGAUCAACGUCUCUUCUUCCACAGUUAUCCAUUUGACGCCCAGCAGAGAAAUGCCCUCAGUGAAACCUAAAGCUGACCCGAGGAGGGUUCUGAAUAAAUAUCCCCUCACAGUCAUUGAUGCCAAGUCUGCGUCUCAGGUGGAGAGUCCAAGAGCUUCGCAAGACGUUUUGGAAUCAAGAUCCACCAAUAACCUGAAUGUAACGCCAUCGAAUAGUCCUAAGGAGAUACCAACUGCCAAACCGAGACAAAAAGUUCCCAGCAAAGAGCCAGUCCAACAAGCAAAUCCGGAAAAGGAAAGCAUCGAAGAGCGGGAAAAGUUGAAGACGGCCAACCCGGACUUGAGAAGGACCAGUCCAGUGAUGAUGAAACACACUGAUGUGAAUUCAAGGAGAGAGAAGAAACCUACGCCCAACUCUGCUGACGGGGACGACACGAAACAGAUACUGGAACCAAGAACGGAAGCCAAAGAAAAUUUAAUUGAACCCGACCCGUUCCCUAACUCUGUGGUACUCUCCAAAGACCCAUGGGCACUCCCAGAGCAGAGCCAUGGAAGAGAGGAUCUGUUCACUGGGAGGAUACAGAAAGAAAAUAAGCCACAAGAUGAGAAAAUGACCCGUGGUGACCAGAAAGCAAUUUUUGCUGCAGAUAACUCAAUGGAGCUGCCAGAGACAGGAAAAGCAUACAAAUCUGACUCAAAUGAUCCAAGUCCUUUUCAGAGAGACAUUUCGCAAAGGAAAAAACGGCCAUCUCCAUCUCUCCAUAGCUCAGUGAAGCAAGGUUCCCUGGAUAAACAAGACUUAUCUAGAGCAGAGGGAAACAUGACAACCACUUCAGAAUAUCCUAGACUGGAUGGACACGAGCCUCAAGUGGACUCUUCAGUGCAGAACUAUAUCCAUGGUAGAGAAAGGUUGGAAACCCAAGCAAGGGAAAAGAAAGCAGCUGUCGAUCAGCUGGCCUCGCUCUCUUCCUCCCCCAUUCCCUCAGUCCUGACUACGUCAGAUGUCUUUCAGUCGGGUGUUGGAGAAACGAGUCCCCAAGCUGGUGUUCUGUCUGGGGGUAAGACCCAGCCUAAAGCCUGGGUGUCACCCUCAGAGGCACAGCUUAAUAGCAGUGGAGGUGGGCCUGCCCUAACACCACGCAGGCCUCAUCCAGUCAAGCCCAUGAACACAGGGGAGACCCAGGCCCCCACCAGCACCCCCAUAGGGAGAGAAUUAAAGACUCUUGACUUCACCACAGGGAAGAUAAAGAUACCGCCGGCUAACAUGGUGACUGGAACGGCAGGAAGUGGGCCUUACACUCAGCUCACCCAGGAGGAGCUGAUUACCCUGGUGGUCAAGCAGCAGACGGAACUCACCAAGAAGAACGACAAGAUCGUGGAGCUGGAAGAGUACAUCGAUAACUUGCUGGUUCGUGUCAUAGAGGAACAACCCAGCAUCCUGCUUGGCCUCAACUCUUCCAAGCAUGCCUUUUGAGACGCCAGGCGAUCUUGCAGAGGGUAGGGAGUUCUACUUAAAUACCCUGUUAUGGUUAACGAACCCACCUCCCAAGCUCUCACUUCAUCCUCUUUUUAAAUGUCUUAUAUACUUAACGCACUUUCAUUUUCUUCAGUGUCCAACUAAGACGUCACGUUUCCUUUGAGAGCGGUGGUAUUAAAGUAGUACAAUGCUGGAAAAAUGUGUGGGUGUCAUUAAGGUACCUAGGCAACAACAUGCACACAACUGGAUUGCAUCAACAUAUACAUUGAUGGGGUUUUUCACACCAUGGUACUGGAAAUGCUUUUGAUUCUUUAUCUUAUCUGUUCUGCUUUAUUGUUCAUUUAUGUUUCUUAUCAUGUCACUGGAAGGACUACAAAUGCUUAUGUCUGCAUCUCUCGUCUAUAUUCUUGACGGAGUAGUUUUCCUUUUAAGAAUAAUUCAGCUACUUUUCAUUUGUUAUACUUUACUUACUCAUUCCAAAGCCUUAAUGCAGCUGUUGUUCUACAUUUAGUUCUUAAUGAUUUGAUUAUCUUCAGAAUUUAUUGUCUAUUUGUGUGAUGUUUUACAACUUUCUUGGUACUGUCAAACAAAUAAUCAAAUACCAAAUCAAGUGUACUGCAUAAGAAUUAUGGCAAUACACGGUACCAGCCUAAAACGUCAAGCUGAAAUACCAUGCCUUAUAUAAUUAAUUUUCAGAAAUACUGUACUGUUAAUAUUAUUUGUUGUCAAUCUUGCUUAUUUAGCUAAUUCCAAAAACACUUUCUUAAUCAUCAUUCCUGACGUUUUACCUCAAUAUACUGUUACACGUGUUGUUAUUUUCCAAGUGUUCUUUUUUUUGCUGAAAGCCUGACACUGUGUAAAAAGAGGAGGCUGUUUUUGAGGUUGUGAGGUGACUGUAUAGACUAGAGUAUAGGCAGUUGUGAUGGACCGGGAGGGAAAUGGAACCACUAAUAAUUAGUUUCUCUUAUGUAUUUAUUAUCAUGAGUUGUAUGAUUCCUAGUGUUGCCAUGGUCUGUGCAGAACACAAUCGUUUGUCCUCUCAAAUAUUUAUGAAAACUCUGGAUACAAUCAUUCAAUAUAUUUAUGCAAAACCUAAUGCCAGAAACAAUUUUUAUGUUCUUCUUAUGAAAAUGUAAAUGUGGUCUGACACUAAAUCACAGAAGAAUCUUACUGAACCAUAUGAAUAAAUACCUUUUUAAUAAGUAAGCUCUCAUAUAGAUGAUGAUGAUUCAGAAGUCUGAAUGUAAUUUACUAUACUAUGAUACACAGAUCCUGUGACUAUGCCUCUGCUGUAAUGUCAUAGCAAUAAGAACAUUGUGAACAGUAGAAUGUUAUAAAUUGUGCCUUUUAAAAACUUCCUUUUAUUUAAGAAUGGCCUUUUUUGAACCGUUUGACAGUUACUGGUGUUAAAUAACUAAAAGACUGCUGAAUGUCAAACCAGAAUCUGUUUUGCAAAGAAAUUGACUGUUUAAGAAUCUUCCAAAGGAUUGUGUCAUUGUACACUUUGACCUUCUAAUUGAAAUAAAAGAACACUAUACCUAC